UUGCCGGGCGCCUGACCUUAUCUCCUCCUCCCUCCUCUCCAUCCGGAGAUAUUUCGACGCCCCCGCCGCGCCGCCAUGGAGUCCGGCCUCGUCGCAAGCCACCGCCUCCGCCUCCCGCUCCCCUCCGCCGGCGCGCGCAACCACCUCCUCCGCCACCGCCACCCCCUCGCCGCCCCGGCCGCGGCGCCCGCCCUACGCCUCAGCCUCCCGCGCCACCUCCCCCGUCCCACCCCGCUCCGCCUCCCCGCCGCGCUCCCGCUCCGCCCUUCCCUCCCGCCCCUCCGCGCCGCCGCCGCCGCCGCGGCGCCUGGGGACGACGCGCCCAAGUUCCUGGGCGUGGAGACGAAGACGCUCAAGAAGAUCGUGCCCCUGGGGCUCAUGUUCUUCUGCAUCCUCUUCAACUACACCAUCCUGCGGGACACCGAGGACGUGCUCGUCGUCACCGCCAAGGGCAGCAGCGCCGAGAUCAUCCCUUUCCUCAAGACCUGGGUCAACCUGCCCAUGGCCGUCGGCUUCAUGCUCCUCUACACCAAGCUCGCCGACGUCCUCUCCAAGGAAGCGCUCUUCUACGCCGUCAUCUUCCCAUUCAUCGCCUUCUUCGGGGCCUUCGCAUACGUGCUCUACCCCAUGCGCGACGCCAUCCACCCCACCGCGCUCGCCGACCGACUCCUCGCCUCGCUCGGACCCAGCUUCCUCGGGCCCGUCGCCAUCCUCCGAGUCUGGAGCUUCUGCCUCUUCUACGUCAUGGCCGAGCUCUGGGGCAGCGUCGUCAUAUCAGUCCUCUUCUGGGGGUUCGCCAACCAGAUUACCACGGUUGAAGAGGCCAAAGAGUUUUACCCGCUGUUCGGGCUAGGGGCCAAUGUGGCGCUCAUUUUCUCUGGCCGCACGGUGAAAUACUUCUCAAACAUGAGGAAGAAUUUGGGCCCUGGGGUUGAUGGAUGGGCAAUUUCAUUGAAGGCCAUGAUGAGCAUAGUGGUUGUACUGGGUCUGGUCAUCACUGGUAUCUAUUGGGGAGUGAACAAGUUUGUUAUUGACAAAUCAUCUAUGCCAGUGGUUGAGCGGAAAAAGAAGGACAAGCCGAAGCUCAGCAUGGGCGAGAGCAUGAAGGUGCUAUUGUCAUCUCGGUAUGUGAGGGAUCUUGCCACAUUGGUCGUUGCUUAUGGAAUAAGCAUUAACCUUGUUGAGGUGACAUGGAAAUCAAAAUUGAAGGCGCAGUUCCCGAGCCCUAACGAAUAUUCUUCAUUCAUGGGCGAUUUCUCAACUGCUACUGGCAUAGCUACAUUUACAAUGAUGUUGUUAGGGAGAGUAAUUCUUAGAAAGUUCGGGUGGGGAGUUGCAGCUACGAUCACACCUGCAGUGUUGCUUCUCACAGGAGUUGGAUUCUUCUCUCUGAUUUUGUUUGGUGAGCCACUGACUCCUCUCAUGACCCAGUUUGGAAUGACGCCUUUGCUUGCGGCAGUCUAUGUUGGAGCAAUGCAGAACAUUUUCAGUAAGAGUGCAAAAUACAGUUUAUUUGAUCCUUGCAAAGAGAUGGCGUACAUUCCUUUGGAUGAGGAUAUGAAGGUUAAAGGUAAAGCAGCUAUUGAUGUGGUCUGCAAUCCCUUGGGGAAAUCUGGAGGUGCUUUGAUUCAGCAGUUCAUGAUCCUGUCGUUUGGAUCUCUUGCGAAUUCAACGCCCUACCUUGGUGGAAUACUCCUGGUGAUUGUUCUUGCAUGGUUGGGUGCUGUAAGGUCCCUUGACUCACAGUUCUCUCCCCUGGCAAAGCAAGAUCUCGAGAGAGAAAAGAUGCUGAAAGCAAAGGCUGUCGAAACAACCGCCCAAGUAGUCGGGACAGGAAACGGUUCUCUCCAAGAAAGUCUAGGUAGCGAGACCUCUGCAAACGGCUCGGCCAUCAAGCAGUCUCAAGAAACCGAGAGUACCACCCCGGAGAAAUCUGGCCAACAGUCUCAAUAAAUUUUCCCCUCAGAAAUUUAGUUAGCACAAAGUCUUUGGAGGAAUCAAAAGUUUCUUGGGCCCGUCAUCUAGAGCUGCUGGAAAAGGCGGCAGAAUGAUUUGAAAAAUAAGGCGGCCUAUGCUUCUGUUGUUGUAGCAUAUUUUUUAAGCCCCUUGAGAGUUGAGAGUAUCUGUAGCUGUUUGUUGUUUCAUUCCAUAGAUAUAAACUGUUCUUGUUGGUUGUUACAAUUUUGGGAAAUCUGCUUUCAUGAUAGUCUUCUAGAUUUUGCUAGCCCUGCUUGCGAGUACAUACUUAUUAGGCCCUGGUUUUGGUAUUGAUUGAAUAAUUUGUACCCUUCAUAUUCCUAUUGCUAAUAUUGAUUAGCCAGUUCGACCAUU